AUGGCUUGGGCCCUUGACAGGGAACGGCGCGCCCAAGCCGACGUCUACUGCAUCGUUGGCAAGAGCCUUCGCGAGUACAAGAACGAGGUCUGCGUCCUCCUUAGCCUCGGCCUGGCCUGUCGGGCCUCGUCGGGUGCGCCGGGCACAGGAGUUCCGCCGGCCGCGCUGCACACAGCGAAAAUCACUGGCGCCUACAUUGCUUUGAUAGGCAUUUGCCUGGUGGUGGCCCCGACCACCCUCUUCGGCCUCGUCUUUGACGUCGCAGAGUUGCAGCGCCUUUGGAUUCGAGUCUUCGGCUCCCUCUGCGCGCUGCUUGGAUGGUACUACUUCGGCGCUGCUCGAGACGGAAGCCGGGGAUUCCUGGAAGCCACGGUAUCGGGUCGCUUCGUCUUGGCACUGCUGCUUCUGGCCAUCGUUGGCUCCGAGUCUGCAAGCGGCCUCACUCUUCCUGGCACCCCUGGCCACGGAAAGGGAGUGCAUCUACCUCACACCGGAGAGUCCUUUGCCUCCUGGUUUCGAUCCAGUCACAUGGGACUGGUUCUCCUCGCCGCCACGAAUGCAGCUGGGGCAGCUGCCAUGCACCGCGCACUUCGGAGACCCAGAUGA